AUGGUCAAUGCACGUAACCAAUACUUCAACAGCACUGUUCCUCGAACAAAUCAACAGCAUCAACAACAAAAUGUUACGACAUCUUCUUCUGAACAUAAUCAUCUUAGCGUAACCAUCUCCAGAUCAACGUUUCCACCUUUUCGUAUAAACUUUACCGGUAAUAGUUGGCCGUCGGAAUUAUCAAUCAUUAAAGAUAUGAAUAAGCAUUUCCGCAUCGGUCUCUCUUAUGGUCGGUACUCAUCUAAUGGUAAUAAAAAAUGUUUUCUUAUUUAUGCAAAUACUAGUGAACAAUUCGAUCAAUUAAUGGAUAAAAUAUCAUGGCCAAUCCAGAUAUGCUCUUCUGAUUAUGAAAUUUCGUUUCCUGUUAAAGUACCAAUGGCGUACUCAAUUGUUGCUACUGGUGUUCCUGCACAAUGGGAUAUGAGUCUUUUUGAAUCGGAUAUUAAAAAGCAAUAUCCUACAAUAAUCAAAGUAGAACGACUCUAUGUUAAAGGUGGUAUUCCAAUAUCUAAAGUUAGAAUCGAUUUUUCAACAAAUCAAGAAGUAAAGAAAAUUAUACAAAGCAAGCGUCUACUACUUGAUGAUGAAAACACAUCGUUCAUGGUACAACCGUACUCUCCACCAACAAAAAUAUUACGAUGCUUUAACUGUCAAGUAUACAACGACCACAUUGCAGUUAAUUGUCCUUAUAAAGACAAACCUAAAUGUUUCCGCUGUGGAUCAAACCAUCCGUACAAUCCAAAUUGUCAAAAUGAUAUCUGUUGUGCUAAUUGUGGUCAAGGUCAUAUGGCAGGUAAUCCAAAUUGUCCAAUCAAAGUAGAAGAACGCAGAAAGCAACAGCAGCUGUCAAAGAAUAUGAUAUCGAACAAAAAUAUUAACUACAACAACAACAAAUUAUUUUUACAAGAAAAAUCUCGUGAAACUCAGAAUGUAUGGUUUAAUAAUGCUGCUAAAGAAGCUUUACAAACACCAACUUAUACUACAAUUCAAAAUGAAAAAGCAACUGAACGUCCAGACUUGUUAGAUGAAAUGAAUAUGAAAUUGAAUCAAAUAGUUAACAUUCUAGACAAACUCGCACAAGAUCAAGCAAAAUUAAAUUCAAAUAUUUCAAAUGCAUACCAUUUGAUAAAGUCAUGUCAAAAUGACAUUGAUUUACUUAACAACUUUGUAAUGAAAGAUGUAUGUCCAUUUCUUAUAAAUUUAAAUCGUCCCCCAAUGAAUCCAACAGCAGCAGUAUUUAAUCCGAAACAAAAGAAACCAUUUCUUAUCAAUGUUAAUCAACUUACGAAACAUGAAGAAAACACUUUUAAAAUGAUUUUUGAAGAAUGGACAAAUACUCCAACACUUGAUCUCUUGUUAGACAAAUGGUCAAUUUAUCGUGAUAAAACUUUAUCGAUGUUAAAUAUUAAAGAUAAUAUUUCAAUACUUUUACUAAAUGUCUCCAGCUUAAAUCGUCAUAUGGUAGAGAUCUUUAAACUUAUUGAUACUACUUCUCCAUCAAUUAUUACAUUAAAUGGAACACAUCAUGAUGAAAGAUCGACUAAACAGUUUACGAAACACUUCUUUAACUAUAAUGUCUUCUCGAUCAAUGGUACAAAUGCUUUUGGAGGUGUUUUAGUUGCUAUACAUAAAUCAAUUCGUACUCAAAGAAUGGUUGAGUUCGAGAAUAUACCGAACUUGAUUGCGCUAGAAAUAGGUGAAGAACAAAAUAAAUUUCAAUUAGUCACAUGUUAUUCACCACCACAUGAACAAAUUCCUUUUGAAAUUUUUGAUCGAAUAUUACAAAAAAAAUGA